AAACCUUUUUCUCUGAACACCUAUUUGUAUAUAAGAAAACCUUUUUCUCUGGACCCCUAUUUGUAUAAUACAGUUCAGGAUGACUUUUUUAAAGAAGAAAGUGCUUCAUGCUUUUGUAGACCUGAUCGUACACGUUUUUAACAUGGUUCUUUGAGCCCAGAAACUCGAUAUGUACCCGUUGGUCUUUUCACCUUCCAACCAAGAUUUCUGAGUUCCCAAUGGAUCUUGUCCUUCACUCAACUUUCCGACCAUUUUUGCCACCGGGAUUUCUCACCUCUGGCCGAAAUCAUUACAGACCCUUUAUUCUCCAGCGAAAUCUGGACCCAAAACCCAAAUAUCCAAGACAAUCAGUGAUCGUUAUGGUCCAGAAGAAGCCAAAAAUUGAAGGCGUGAGUGAUGAGUUGAACUUAAUUGCCUCACAGAACUUGGACCAUGCUCCUGCCCGGAGACGAGUGCGAUCGGCUUUCACUAAUAUUCAGCAGCAGCUCGAUCACAUUUUAUUUAAGAUGGCUCCAGCUGGGAUCAGAACAGACGAGUGGUACGAAAAAAAUUCAAAGGGACAAGAAAUUUUCUGUAAAAGUUGGUUGCCAAAGCCUGGUGUACGAAUAAAAGGCGCUUUGUGUUUUUGUCAUGGAUAUGGUGAUACUUGCACUUUUUUCUUUGAAGGUAUAGCCAAGCACAUUGCUGCUUCUGGUUAUGGUAUCUAUGCAAUUGAUCAUCCGGGUUUUGGUCUCUCAGAAGGAUUGCAUGGCUAUGUUCCGUCCUUUGAUGGCAUUGUUGAUAAUGUCAUCGAACAAUAUACUAUAAUUAAAGGAAGGCCGGAGAUACGAGGGCUUCCUUACUUCAUUUUCGGCCAGUCAAUGGGGGGAGCAAUUGCACUUAAGGCGCUUCUUAAGGAACCACGUCAAUGGGACGGCAUAGUGCUUGUAGCCCCAAUGUGUAAAAUUGCAGAGGACAUGGCACCACCUGUUCCACUUCAGGAGGUUUUAAUUUUCUUAUCCAAGAUUAUCCCACAAGCAAAGCUCGUACCCCAGAAAGAUUUCGCAGAAUUGGCAUUCAGAGAAUUGAAGAAAAGGGAAAUGACUCCAUACAAUGUAAUCUGUUACUCGGAUCAAACACGACUGAAGACAGCCGCGGAACUCUUAAAUGCUACAAAAUAUAUUGAAUCACAUGUGCAGGAGGUUGCAUCUCCAAUGCUGAUUCUUCAUGGAGCUGCUGAUAGAGUGACAGAUCCUCGAGUGAGCCAGUUUCUUUACGACAAUGCUUCUAGUGAGGACAAAACGCUUAAACUUUACGAAGGAAGUUAUCACAGCCUUUUGGAAGGGGAGCCUGAUGAUAGAAUUUUGACGGUUCUCGGUGACAUAAUCACGUGGCUUGACGUUCGCUGUUCUUUGAAAUAGUAUUUUACCCGUGUUACGUGCUUAAGCCAUGAUUGAUAUGCAUUGCUCGAUAAUAUAAUGAAGGGAAGAUGGUAGACCAGUUUUUAAUUUUUAUUCAUGGUAUAUGACAGUCAGCAUAAAGUUUGAAAUACGAAGUUUUUCCAUUUCAAUUAUGCUACAAGUACAGAUAGUGUUUGACAAAAUUUUUACAGAACAAUAUUUGGCAAAAAUUCAUUUGUUUUCGACU